AUGACCGUCACUGAGCUUGGCUGUUGUGGUGUCAAGCCCGGCCUGAAGAUUCUGGAUGAAGAUACACCAGAGGGCCAGAUUUAUGUUGGAGUCUACAAGAUGAUCAUCUCUUCCCCAGGAGCCCCUCACCGGAUCUACCUGAGUAUCGACCUAGACGAACCGUCCAAAGUGUAUGGACUCUUUGACUGGGAUUCCGUCGAGCACCAUGAGCGUUUCGCCAAAGAAUUUGGCAAAGACUUUCAGCCGGACCUGAUCAAAGUCUUGACCCACGGCGAGUACAUCAAGCACAUUGCCGCCACACCAUCCCUUCCAGAGGCUUUGACGUCUUCCGUGACCGAUGUUUUCCUCGCCUACUACCCCUCCGACAUCUCCGAGGCCGAAAAAGACAAGGCCACGGCGGAUUUCAGGGAGAUUCUCGACGAGCGCUUUCGUCAACAUCCCGAUAUCACAGCUUUCAGCUACGGGUGGGGAAUGCAAAACGACUUCCCUGUGUACGGAAAGGAUGGGGGGAAGGUCGGGUCAGCUUUCUCGGCGUUUGUUGGGUGGUCUACCACUGAGGCCAAUGCCAAGUUCCGCGAGUCGGGUGCUCACGAUGCGAUCCAACAGUCGAUUCGGGCCUUGGAUGGGGUCGUGGAGCUGAAGGCUCUCCGUCUCGCUUGUAAGUUCCUCGAGAAGACAGAAGAGUGA